AUGUGGACAAUUAAUGAUUUUUCCGCCUAUGGUAUGUUAUCUGGAUGGGGAACACAAGGUAAGUUGGCAUGUCCUCAUUGUAUCGAAGACACAAAAGCUUUCACUUUGAAAUAUGGCAGUAAGAAUUCUUUGUUUGAUUGUCAUUGUCGAUUCUUGCCAGCUAAUCACUCUUUUAGAAGAAGUAAAAGAAGUUUUACAAAAAAUAGGGAUGAGAAAGACGGUCAACCUUACAUUUACAUAGAGCAAGAGGUAUCGAAGGUGGUGAGUAAUUUUCCAAAAGUGACUGAAAUUGGUUGGAAAAAGAAAUUGAACGGGUAUGGAUCGAGUAAAACAAAGGAUAAUGAAAAGGCGAGAAAAGACUAUUCUUUAUUAUGCUUUCGUGGGGAAUUGGAGAUGCAAGUCUUAUCUAACGGAAAGAUGGGUAAACUAAAAGCAAAUGACACAUUGACAUCAUCAUAUGCCAAGUUGGUUUGUAAAUGGCUUAAGGAAUUGAGGAUGCCUUAUGGAUAUGCUUCAAACCUUGCUAGGUGUGCCGAUGUUGAGAAGGGUACGAUACAUGGGAUGAAGAGCCAUGAUUGUCAUCUAAGUCGAAUCUUCAAGGAUCUUUGUUGCAAUACAUUGAGGUUGGACGACUUAGUCAAGUUGAAUGAUAACAUUCCAAUUAUCAUAUGCAAGUUAGAAUGGGUUUUUCCACCAGGUUUCUUCGACUCAAUGGAGCAUCUUCCAAUCCAUCUUACUAAUGAAGCAAUGUUAGGUGGUCCAGUACAUUACCGGUGGAUGUAUCCAUUUGAAAGAUGUAUGGGAGUCUCAAAGCGGGCAGUGACAAAUAAGACUAGCAUAUUCUUGGAGAAUCACUCAAUCAAUGAAGAAGACGCAUCUAGAUGUAUACAUGCAGAGUUUGCCAUAUGGCGGAAAACAUAUGUAAAUAACGAGGCAAAUGAAGUGACCAACAAAGAUAUAAUAGCACUAUCUUGUGGUCCUUCACCAAUGGCAAUAUCUUGGAACAUUUACUUUGUUAACGGGUACACGUUUCACACUAAGGCCUACAAAAUUAAUAAAAAGACAAUCAAUAGUGGGGUGCAUGUAAGGGGUCUUACUAAAGGAGGAGAAGAUGAUUACUAUGGCACAAUCAACUAUAUGAUAGAACUAGAUUACUUUGGCUUGAAGGACAGAGUUGGAUUAUUUUAUUUUGAAUGGUUUGACAACUCACAAGUAGAUGUGUUCGAAGAGAUUUUUGACUGA